AUGGCCGCCUCAUCAAAAGCCUCCUCCGACCAGUGCUUCGUCGGCGAGGAUGGCUUCGGCGUCAAUCCAGCCCCAAGCGGAAUUUCCGGGCACGCCACAGGAAAAGCCAGCGCGCAAUGUGCCUACAUGAUGCCCACAUUGCGCGCGAUGCUGCAGGAGAAUGCGAAAUUGCAAGUGCUAGACGUCGGCUGUGGCGCAGGCUCGAUAACGGUGGAUUUCGCAGAAAUGAUGCCCGAAGGCCAUGUCACGGGCUACGAUGUUUCGGGCGCGGUGCUGGAGAGCGGCAAAGUGUACGCUGCGCAGCGCGGGGUGGAAAAUGUUGCAUUCGUGAAAGGCGAUGUGUGUGCGUUGCCUUUCGAAGACGAGACGUUCGAUGUCGUACACACGCAUCAGGCUGUGGCGCAUUUUCCCGAUCGUGUCACAGCCAUCCGCGAAUUGAUUCGGGUGACGAAGAAGAAAUGCGGCGUGCUCUGUAUGCGAGAAGGGGAUUUGCAUAGCGCGAGAUUUUAUCCCGAGUAUCCGAUGUUGGAGAGGUGUUUUGAGACGAUUAUCCGGGUUCAUGCGGCUAAUGGUGGUGCGACGGAUGCCGGGAGGAGGUUGCAGCAUUGGACGGUGAUGGCCGGUGUGCCGCGAGAGAGGAUUUGGGCUUCGCAUUCGGCGUGGAGUUAUCACACUCCUGAGGGGAGGAGGGAUUAUGGGGGGCAUUGGCCGGGACGGUGUACGCAUGGGGCGUUUGCCGAGAGGGCGAGGGCGCUUGGGGUUACACAGGAGGAGUUGGAUGCGUAUGCUUUGGCUUGGACGAAGUGGACGAAUGAUGAGAAUGGCGUGUUUGCGAUGAUGCAUGGGGAGGUGAUUGCGAGGCCGUGA